AUGGUUUCUUCGUCCCACUUGGUUGCGCUGCUGGCGCUCGCAUGCGGUGCUCAGGCUGCUCCUGCUUGGGUGGUGCCGUUCUGGAACCCGUUCGCGAUGCAGGCCAAGAGCUAUUCGUUCAGUACCUACACGGGCUUCUUCAAGUACGACACGCAGGAGGGCACGUCGCUCGCGGCGGUGGCGCCCAACUUUGGCCUGCGCGACAAUGUCACCUGGGACGGCCUGGCGCGUACGCUGCUGCAGCUCAACAUCGACGGUGCCGCGCACGACGGCUCGUCGUACAAGCUCGUCUUUGCCGGACGACACGGUCAGGGCUACCACAACGUGGCCGAGUCCAAGUACGGCACGGCGCUGUGGGAUUCGUACUGGUCGGAGCUCACCACGGACGGUAACUUGACAUGGGGACCGGAUGCUCGCUUGACGCCUCUGGGUAUUCAGCAGGCGCAGGCGGUGCACGAUGGUUGGGUGGCCGUGCUCAAGCAGCGUGACUCGGCUCCUCUUCCCACCAAGCUCUACUCGAGCCCGCUUAGCCGCGCACUCUCGACUAUGGAGAUCUCGUACGACCACAUCCUGCUCAACAACCCCAAUGCCACCAUCGAAACCCCUGCGGCGGGUAACACGAUCGACUCGAUCCUCGGUGGCAUUUUGGGAAAGCUCGGCGAGGCGAGGUACGUCAAGCCCGAGAUCAAGGAGCUCUUCCGCGAAGAGUACGGCGAACAUACGUGCGACCAGCGCCGGACCAGGUCUCAGAUCGCCCGCGACUAUCCGAACGUGCGCUUCGAGGCGGGAUUCAGCGAGGAGGACCAGCUGUGGACGACGACGCGCGAGCAGGAUGCGCACCUGGACGCGCGCAUCCAGCAGGCCCUCACCCAAGUCUGGAACGAGGCGCAGCAGGAUCAAGUCAUCUCGCUCACCUCGCACUCGGGCGUCAUGCAGAGCCUCUUCCGCGUGACGCACCACUACCCCAUCAAGCCCAGCACCGGCGCACUCAUCCCGCUCAUCAUCAAGGCCACACCCCAAAAGUGA